AUGAGCCAAGUGACUAGAGCCAAGGAGGCGGUGUGGGCGGCAGAGGCGAGGAGCAGAUGGGCGGCAGCGGCGCAGGGGCGGGAGAGGGCGGCAGGGGCAGCAGGCGCGGCAGGGCGGUUUGCUGUGAUGACAGAAGACGACAUGGAUGACAUGAUGCCGGGCGGCACACUCUCCUGGCAGCGCCUGAAAGCCACCGCUACUGCCGCCAAACCCAACACUCCCGUCAAUCUCAAGGCCACCAUCGCCACUGUCAAUCCCAAGGGAACCGUCACUCCCAAGGGGGCAGCAAAGCCAUGCUCCCCGCGGCACAGCAGCCCCGUGAUCAAAGUCUAUUCAGUGUCCGACAUCGCCAAGCGCACACGCUACCCUCCCCGGCAGACCGUCACUCUCGUGCUAUACCGCUCCCUCUCCCUCUCCCGCGGCCUCCUCUUCGGGACGAAUUUCUCCUGCACCAUCUUCCGGUCCCGCUCGCUGCCCUCGCGCCACUCCAUCUCCCUCUCCCGCUCCGACGAGCCCGUGCUGCGCGUGCACAACGCCAGCAACGUCCUGUUCAUCGGCAUCGGGCUGCGCAGCGCCGUGCGCAACUCCUCGCCCUUCUGCGAGAUGCUUCCGGAAUACGGCAGCCUGAUGGGGUAUGAGAUCAUCUGUCCUGCGCUCCACAUUUACCGCUCCUUCGGGAUUCAGUUCACGCAGGCUUCCGUGGUUGGCCGAAUCGACGUCUUCCGAUCCGGAUACACGAAGCUGGACUCACUCUUUGUGACCGCCCCUGGGACGUACGAGCGGUCACCGGGAGUGAUUCGCAUGGGCAUGUGCGGGCUGGGCAUGACUCUGGUUUCAUCCAAGAAUGUGAUCACCAACAACGAUGUGUUUGGCGCGUGGGAGCUGAUUAACCUCUACCGCGGGUCGAUCGGCGUGAAGGUUCAUAAUAAUUUCCUCCAUGAUUACCUCUUCGCGGGGUUCCGGUGCGGCGCUGAUGUGCACUAUUCAUGGGACUGCAUGCUGACGUCAGUGAAGAACAACUUUGUCUUCACGCCUCAGUCCAAGGGCCGCCUGACUUUUGACUCGGCCGGGAUCUACUUCUGCACUCACUGGUUCAACCCUGGCAGCACCGUCUCCUGCAAUUACGUGAUAGGCGGGGACCACUGCUACUACCUGGACUACUGCACGUCAGGAGUGGACAUCACAGGGGGCGUGUGUGCGCAGCUGUGGGACGGUGUGAAGCUGAACAACGGCAAGCGCAACAAGAUCCGCAGCCUGCUCAUGGUCGGCCUGGGGCAGAGCCCGGGUUAUAUUACCUGCCUCACUGUCACAAUCAACCACUGUGGGAAGGACCCUGGGACGUACUGGGAGAGGAUGCGGAAGCGGUACUACAACUCCCCAGAGAUCAAUAAGGUGAGGCUUUCCCUCCUUCCUUCCUCGUUUCCUCACCUCGAGCCUCGCCUCUUCACCACCUCUUUCCCCAUCUCUCCUCCCACCUCUUCCAGAGUCCCCCACCUCUCCCCACGCCUUGCCACCUCUCUAGUUCCUCGUUUCAUCCUGCCUCACCUCUCCCCUGUCCCCCGAUCCCUCCCCUCAUUUCGUCCCCCCACCAGCUAUGGCCGUGGAUGA